CUACAAUUUUAUACCCUCUCAUAUCUUUUGAUUUGCUAUUAGUCCUUACUUCUCUAAACCAUCGGUUAUCUUCAUAGCAGUGUGAUAUACUAUGUGGACAUCUAACCAAUAAAACAAACAUUUUAACUAUCUGAUUUGCUUGUAACAUGGACCUUGUGAAGGCUCUUUACUCGAACACUACUAGUCGAGUCAGAGCUUAUGGCGAACUAUCAUCUACUUUUGCAACCUCAAGUGGUGUCCGUCAAGGCUGUCCACUUUCCCCAUUCUUGUUUAACUUCAUCAUAGAUCUACUGAUGGGAAUAACUUUCUCGUCGACUGAGUUCUCGGGUAUUGAUGUCUUUCCAGGAGGUCCACUUAUCGACUUAGAAUACGCAGAUGACAUAGUCCUGUUUGGUGAAGACACUGACAAAAUGCAGUCUUCUGGUAGCACUGCGAAACAAUGCCAGGAUGUUUGGAAUGCGCUUCUCCCCCUCUAAAUGCAAGUUGUUGCUUCAGGACUGGUCUGCAUUAACACCUUAACUAAGGAUAUGGAAUGAAGUAGUCAAACGCGUUGGCAAUUUCACUUAUCUUGGAAGUCUGAUCAGCCCUAAUGGGUUGGUAUCUGACGAAAUCUCAGCACGGAUUCUAAAAGCUCGAUUGGCUUUUGCCAACUUGCGGCUCCUUAUGGUUUAGUGGGAUGUCACGAACUUAUGGUAUUGAUGCUGAUUUAUCACGCAAAAUACCUCUUUAAGUCGUGUUACGAACGUUGAAUUGGUUUUACUCCCUACCCAGAAAUCCUAUUACAAGCAAACUAGACAAUUCGCGAAUAUACGAAGCCUACUCAAGACCCUAUAAUACCUGAAAAAAAGUAAUAAUACAAAAAACGAAAGGGGCUCCAAUAGCUUCGAUAAUAAAAGGAAGAUAGCCAAUUGUAUAUCACAAUACUGUUUCUAGCACUAUAUUUUAUUUUAUAACCACACAUAAUCCCAUACUCUCAGCUCCUUUCCGAAUCACCUCCAUUUGUCAGUUGUAUGUCCACUCACACAUUGUUAACACUUAUUUUCUUUUUCCUAUUAAAGUGCUCUUUCUUAACAAAUACCUUAAUAAAAGAAAAUUAGACUGAGUAAUCAUACCUUAAACAUUUCUUCAUGAAUAUUGGCUACUCUGCCCCUCGUGUUUUCUUUUACUUGUUCCCUCUUUCAGCCCCCUUGUGAUAUGGAACGAAAGAUUUUAUCCUGCACCAUCCUCAAAGCCUUAGACAUUCCAAAGGGGCAUAAGGUUGCGACAUUUAAGGCUCCCACCUUCAAUGGACCUCACCAGUGUUGUAAUUAAAAUACUGGAAAGGAUAAUCAAACGGACCAUAACGGCAUUUAUGGAAACCAAUAACUUGCUGAACAUGGCACAACAUGGUUUUAGAAAGGAUCUAUCCUGUACAACGAACCUCCUUAUAGCUAGGGAGCUCUGGAUUAAUGCGCUAGACAACGGAAACUCAGUGGAUGUUGUCUACAUAGACUUCAGUAAGGCUUUUGACAAGGUGCCAACUAAUAGACUGCUAUUGAAGUUGGCGAACCUUGGUAUUGCCGGACCUCUUUUAAAAUGGAUUAAGGAUUUCCUAGUAGGUCGUAGGCAAAAAGUAAGAAUGAAUUCCAAGUGCUCCAUCUGGAGACCAGUACUUAGUGGAGUACCCCAAGGUUCCGUCCUAGGUCCUUUACUUUUUAUAAUGUACGUUAAUGAUCUUACAAGUAUAGUACAGUCUCCAAUGUUAUUAUACGCUGACGAUGUAAAAAUUUGGCGAGUAAUAACUGGUGACACAGACGCAUUUACUCUUCAGGCGGACUUAAAUAAUAUGAUAAACCGGUCUAAAGAGUGGCUAAUGCCUAUCAACUCGGAAAAGUGUGUCUACAUGCACUUGGGGGAUUCAAAGGUUAAUACGUACAACAUAGGGGAUGUGUCAUUACUCAUAGUCCGGUCUCAUAAGGACCUAGGGGUGACAGUGAGCAAUGAUCUUAAGACGACGACCCAUUGCCGGGAGGUCGCAGUUAAGGGGUUUCGAACCCUCUGGGCUUUAAAAAGGACAUUCACUAAGCUUGAUACUACCAUGUUCACCACAUUAUACACAUCCUUAGUGAGAACUAAGUUAGAGAACUGUGUUCAGGCUGCAAGCCCCUGUUUAAAAGGUGACUCAGACAUACUAGAAAAGGUACAGAGGGCAGCUACGCGUGCAAUUCCGGAACUCCGGGGUUUAUCAUAUAAAGAGCGGCUUGAAAAACUGAACCUCUUUACUCUGUCCUAUCGCAGACUAAGGGGAGAUCUAAUAUUGAUGUACAGAAUACUGAGAAAUGAUUUCGGACCUAACGUAUUCUCUCUCUUUCUUCCCACUAGAUCGGGACACCUCAGAGGACAUAGCAGGCGAGUAGAAAAGCCAAGAACGAACAAAAUACCCCUGGCAUACAGGUUUUCACACCGAGUCAUCAAUACUUGGAACCUGCUGCCUGAAGCAGUGGUAUCCGCACCUUCAAUUGACUCUUUCAAGAGAAGACUGGACACUCACAGAAGCAUACUAGAAAAGGAAUAACAUAGGCCGUAGGCCUUCUGUCCUUACUACACAAAUCUGAAUCUGAAUCUGAAUCCUUGACCAUCAGUUGCAC